AUUUUUUUGGGGAGACUUUUGGUUGGUGGGAGCCACAAGUCAGUUCAUUUCGUUCACCGCAGCGCCGACACGAUGUCCCCGAUCCGCAACCUCGUGAAGUACCCCAACCGCGUCAAGGAAUUGCAAGCCUUGUUCACCAAGAACCCGCACUUGCACGGUGCCGAGAACCCCACCUUCUUGAAGGGCCCCAACGACCAAGCCAUCUUCUACACGUCCAUCGCGUUGUUCGGCUUGGGCACGGUCCAAACCCUCCGCGGCUGGGUCAACAUGUCGUUCGGUUGGGGCAAGGUCGAAUAAAUCUUAUAUACGAGACCUUUUGCAUGCCGGUGAAAGUUCAAGGCCUGUAACGAAACCACGUACAAGAUUCGAAUAGUGGACGCACAGACCUUGAUAUGAAUAAAGUUGCCUGUAUACUUGCGUCCUUGUUGGUGCCCUCCAAAGUCUGUCUUCGCCAUCCCACGGAUACAGGAGAUGUAUUUAUGUUCACUGGCAUGGCAAUUUGACAAUCCGCUGAUUGAUUACCUGCUCCCUGUACUUUUCUACAUAUCGGUAGUCAAGGAGCUCAAGUCAAAGCUCUUGCCUUGGCCAAUUCGACAACUAUGAGGCAUGGUCGCUACGCCUCUCAUCAGGCAUUUG